AAAGCAGUUGCGCAACAAUAAUGUUUUAUAAUAUAAACAUAUUCUUGCUUAAGUUGUACAACUUAACGUCGGUAUUAAAACAAAAUUUACGUUGAAAAAAAAAAGAUUGCGAAAAUAAAAUCUAAUCAAUUUCAGAAACAAUAGUUGUACAACAAAAACUCACAACUGUUGUACAACAUUUCUACAACUAUUGGAAGCCGAGCCUUAACGAACAAUCAUCGCGUUAAACUUUAACCCUAAAACAAUAAUAUGUUUAUUGCGUACAGUUUGUUGGUUGUAGUUUCUUUAUACUUUGUAAUUAAAUUAUUUUGGAAGUUUUGGAUUUAUUCUUAUGGUCUCUCGACUGUUCCAACACCUCCAACCAUACCAUUUUUUGGGAAUUCUCUUCAACUUGAAAGUGAUUCUGUUAAGUUUAAUAAACAACUAUGCGAGUGGAGCAAAAUAUACGGAAAUGUGUUCUGUGUUUGGGUAGGCCUUAGGCCAACUAUUUUCUCAUCUUCUGUAAAUUUCUCGGAAGCAAUUUUAAGCAGUCAAGAAGUCCUUAAAAAAGCAUCAAUUUAUGAAUUUUUGCAUGACUGGCUUAAAACUGGAUUACUAACAAGCACAGGAAAUAAGUGGAAACUGCGUCGUCGACUUCUUACACCAAGCUUUCAUUUUUCUAUACUCAAUAAUUUUUUAAAAAUUUUUGAAGAGCAAGGAGCUUGUUUAGUUGAUAAACUACGUACUUAUGCCAAAAGUGGUGAAAAUUUUGAUAUCCAGGUACCUAUUGGAUUAGCAACUUUAGAUAUAAUAUGUGAGACAUCAAUGGGAGUAAAAGUAAAUGCACAGAGUCACCCAGAUUCAGCGUAUGUUAAAGCCAUUAAUAUUUUAAGUGAGGAAAUACCAAGGAGAUUUAAAUACCCAUGGUUGUGGCCAGAUAUUAUUUAUAAACAUCUUGCUUGUGGAAAGAGAUAUUAUAAAGCACUAGAUGUUGCUCACAAAUUGUCUCUAGAUGUAAUAAAUGAAAGAAUUGAAACACUUUUUCAAAAUGAAAACAAUGUUACCACAAAUAAGAACAAAGAAGUUAGCUCAGAAAAAAAAAAGUUUUUUUUAGACCUACUGUUAGAUAUACAUAAAAAAGGUGAAAUUGAUACUGAAGGGAUUCAAGAAGAGGUUGAUACUUUUAUGUUUGAAGGUCAUGAUACCACCUCAUCAGCAUUAAGCUGGAUACUUUGGUUGCUAGGAAGAUAUCCACAAGUUCAACAGAAACUGCAUUCAGAAAUUGAUGAAGUUGAAUUAACCGGAGGUUCACUUUAUGAAAAAGUAAGAAACUUUAAAUAUCUAGAAAACAUCAUAAAAGAAAGCCUGCGAAUUCAUCCGCCUGUUCCUUUAAUUGGCAGACAUAUUGAAAAAGAUAUGGUAAUUGAUGGUCAGUUUAUUCCUAAAAAAUCUGAAAUUGGUGUUCUUGUCAUGAUGAUGCAUUCAAGUCCUGAAUAUUGGAAAGAUCCAUAUGAUUUCAUUCCUGAAAGGUUUGAACAAGAAGAUUUUGUUAAGCGCAAUCCCUAUAUCUAUAUUCCAUUUUCUGCAGGUCCGAGAAAUUGUAUUGGUCAGAAGUUCGCAAUGAUUGAAGAGAAAAUGUUGUUAUAUAGCAUAAUGAAAAACUUUUACGUCCAAUCCAUGCAGAAUGAAAAUGAAAUACUUCCUUCUCUAGAUCUUAUACGUAAGUCGGUUAAUGGUAUCAUAUUAAAACUUACUGAACGAUAAUAGAAACUAUAGUUUAUGUGUAUAAUUUUACUUCCCAGUAAACACAGAUUGUCUUUAAAACUUUUAAAAAA